UUGAUGGAGUUGUGUGCGCUUAUGCCGGUGAUUUUUAUCCAUAACGCACAAGAAGACUAGUUGAGCCGUAGCGAAGCGCCGUCAUCAUGUUUGACUGCAUGGACGUGCUGGCGGUGAGUCCCGGACAGAUGCUGGAUUUCUACACAUCCAGCCCGUCCUCCUGCAUGCUGCAGGAGAAGGCUCUGAAAGCCUGCAUCAGCGGACUGGCGCACAGAGACUGGCAGCACCGCCGGAGCGCACACUCCAUUGAAACACAGAGCACCAGUUCUGAGGAGCUCGUCCCCAGUCCGCCGUCUCCACCACCCCCUCCCAGAGUCUACAAGCCCUGCUUCGUCUGCCAGGACAAGUCCUCUGGAUACCACUAUGGGGUCAGCGCCUGUGAGGGCUGCAAGGGUUUUUUCCGCCGAAGCAUCCAGAAGAACAUGGUGUACACAUGUCACCGGGACAAGAACUGCAUUAUCAACAAGGUGACAAGGAACCGCUGUCAGUACUGCCGCCUGCAGAAGUGUUUCACAGUGGGAAUGUCCAAAGAGUCGGUUAGAAAUGACCGGAAUAAGAAGAAGAAGGAGAGCCCAAAACCAGAGCUGGCAGAGAGCUACGAGCUGACAGCCGAGUUGGAGACCAUCAUCGAAAAGAUCCGUAAAGCCCAUCAAGAAACCUUCCCCUCCCUAUGCCAGCUUGGCAAAUACACCACGAACUCGAGUGCAGACCACCGCGUGAGGCUGGACCUGGGCCUGUGGGACAAGUUCAGCGAGCUGGCCACUAAGUGCAUUAUCAAGAUCGUGGAAUUUGCCAAACGAGUGCCUGGCUUCACGGGGCUGACCAUUGCGGACCAGAUCACGCUCCUGAAAGCUGCCUGCCUGGACAUUCUGAUCCUGCGCAUCUGUACGCGGUACACCCCCGACCAGGAUACCAUGACCUUUUCGGAUGGGCUGACCCUCAACCGGACGCAGAUGCACAACGCUGGCUUCGGCCCGCUCACUGACUUGGUGUUCACCUUUGCCAACCAGCUGCUGCCCAUUGAGAUGGACGACACGGAGACAGGCCUCCUCAGCGCCAUCUGUCUCAUCUCGGGAGACCGUCAGGACCUGGAAGAACCCUCUAAAGUGGACCAGCUUCAAGAGCCGCUCCUGGAGGCUCUGAAGAUCUAUGUGAGAAAACGUCGGCCAAGCAAGCCUCACAUGUUCCCCAAAACCCUGAUGAAGAUCACAGACCUGCGCAGCAUCAGCGCUAAAGGCGCAGAGCGAGUUAUUUCUCUGAAGAUGGAGAUCCCUGGAUCCAUGCCGCCGCUCAUUCAGGAGAUGCUGGAGAAUUCGGAGGGCCAAGACGGGAGUGGCAACAGCAGCAGCAACAGCAGCAGCAGCAAGAGUAACAGCGGCAGCAGCAGCAGCAGCAGCAGCAGCAGCAGCAGCAGCACUUCGGCUGAGGCGGGGGCCAGCCCCAGCAGCAAGGGCAGCCCCCAUGAGGACGCCACGUCUCUGGAGUCGCCAGAGUCCUUGGACACCGAGGGGGCCAUGGCCACCCCGCCUAGCGACGAGCCCUAGGAGGCGCUUGCAGGUGCCUCUUAGACUCUCUGACUUUUCCUUUGCACAAAAAAAAAAAAAAGAACAGCCAGAAAAGGCGCCGACCCCCUAUAACGCCCCCCUACCCCUUCCCCCUGACUCCUUCGCUUGGUAUUGCGUUAUCUUUAUAUCCUUGUCCUAUUUUUCUCUCCUAUUCCCCUUCUCUUAAAAAGAAAUCGUCGACACGGAGGCCUCAAAGGAUCAGUGCUUUGUGUAUAAUUUUAAUUGAGCUCUUAUUUGGCGUGGUGUCUCUGGGACAGGAACUGUGACAGGAAGGGGCGUGGCCCUCGUGAACCGCCUGGACGCAGAGAUGAUACUCCUCAGGUCUCCUGUGUAAAUUCUUACCUGCAUGACGGGAGUUUGAUAAGUGGUUUUACUCCUCUCUCUCUCUUUCUGUCCUCAUCUCUUUUCAUUCCUCGUAUUGUUGGCAUACGUACAUUGUACAUACCAUUGUAUGGUUAGAUCUCUGUUUCUAUGAUGAAUUUGUGGUGCUUUUUUCAUUGUCUUAAAUAUUAUCUUUGAGGCGAUACAUCAAGGUUUAAAGCAGGACUAAUUGUAAGUCCUUCAUAAAGUUAUCUAGAAUGUUAUUGCAUAUAGACAUUAUGGAAGUCUAAUAUUUUAUAUUUGUUCCUAUAUUUAAAACUGUUUUGUCUUUUAUAACACUUAUUUGUUCAUGUCUCUACAUGAAUGAGUGUACAUUCACACCACCAGAAUGCAAAGCUUCCCUCCACAUUGACAGCCGAGUCUGUCAAACUGUUUCCUCAACGGAGGGAAGCAAAACAACAGAAGCCUUUGAUACACACUCAUCAGACUGACCCGAGUCUGUUUUCACUUUUCAGUCUCGACUUGAACCGCUGAGACCUGAGACGAGACAAGAUUAGAUUUCGAAGAAGCCGGUCUAUGAAAUCAACUCAUUUGGUGUCUGUGUGUCCUCAGUAAAUCAGUUUACUGUACUGUCAAAACACAUUGGGGAAAUUACGUCGGAGAUAGAUGCCAGAGAUUUUUCUGCAUCAGGCUGUGAUCACAUGGGACGCCCUCUGCCAACGUAUCCAUCUUCCUCUUCAACCCGACCGUGAUUGAACUUUGACCAUGUCGCACUUUAUUAUCUCCGUCUGGUCAGUUGAGAGGUUUCACAACUUUGACAAGCUAGUCUUGUUUACCUAAAAUCACUUUUCCAGAUCGGCUCACACCUCAACAGACCUGUUUCUUGCCACACAUUCUGACAUGCUGAGGUAGAAAACACACUGGUGUAAUUAGUAUCUUUAGGGAGUGGCAGCAACCUAUUUAGAUGCAUGGGAAUGGUGCAUGUUGGGUAACUGAAACAACCUCCAUGGGCUGAAUGGAUGUGAAUGGAACAGGGCCACUGGGUUAUCAGCUUUAAAAUGAGCUACAUCUUUUGUUCACUGAUUCAGUGAGAAACAUAUCAUUUGCAGUCAUGGAGAUUCAUGGACACCUAAAUGAAAAUCAUACAUCCCUAGAGAUUCUACAAGACGAUAAACAAAAAUUAGCACAAAACCAAUGAACUUCAUUUCAAAGUAGAUUCGUAGUAGACUGACUAGCUAUCACUGUUGGCUUCUGGUCUGCUUUAAGGGUCACCAACUUAACCCAUAAAGACCCAGUGCUACUUUUGUGGCAGUUCCCAAAUUAUCUUUUCCCCUCAAUUUAACCUUCUUCGUCUUUCUUAAGUGAUUUACAACCAGUUAUAAUAAUAUUAUCCUCUGUAUUUUGCAUUUUUUUCAGUGAAAAUCAGAUAUUUUCCUAUAUUUAUUCCCUGAUCAUGUAGAUUU